CAAAUGUCCUUCAAGCUGAGCUCUUGAAAACAAAGCCUGCAGGCUGCUGGAAGCACAGCUCCAGGAUCAGAGAAGGGAGCAUGAGGAGGAGAUGGAAGCUCUGAGAAACCAGGUGGAUUUAAUGCAAGAGGAGCUGGAGAAGCAGCAGCAGGCAUUCCUGCAGACUCUGCAGCUCUCUCCAGAGGUCCAGGUGGAGUUAGGACUUCAGCAAGAAAUUACACGUCUGACCAAUGAAAACCUGGAUCUUAAAGAAUUGCUGGAAAAGUUGGAAAAGAAUGAAAAGAAGCUGAAGAAGCAGCUGAAGAUUUACAUGAAGAAGGUCCAAGAUUUUGAAGCAUCCCAGACAAUGGUGCCAGUGGAGAGGAGGCCGCACGAGCGGAACAUGCAGGUUGCUGUCCAGAGGAAGGAGAAGGAUUUUCAGGGCAUGCUGGAAUAUUACAAAGAAGAUGAGCCACUCCUCAUCCGAAACCUCAUUACAGAUCUUAAGCCCCAGGCAGUGUCUGCUACUGUUCCCUGCCUUCCUGCUUACAUCCUCUACAUGUGCAUCAGACAUGCAGAUUACAUCAAUGAUGACCAGAAGGUGCACUCCUUGCUCACCUCCACCAUCAAUGGUGUUAAGAAAGUGCUGAAGAAGCACCAUGAUGACUUUGAGAUGACGUCGUUCUGGCUGGCAAACACGUGUCGCCUCCUGCACUGCCUGAAGCAGUACAGUGGGGAAGAGGGUUUCAUGACCCAAAACACAGCGAAGCAGAAUGAGCACUGCCUGAAGAACUUCGACCUGACCGAGUACCGCCAGGUGCUGGGCCAGCUCUCCAUCCAGAUCUACCAGCAGCUCAUCAACAUUGCAGAGGGCAUCCUGCAGCCCAUGAUCGUGUCUGCUGUGUUGGAAAAUGAGAGUAUCCAAGGGCUUUCCAGUGUCAAACCAAUGGGCUACAGGAAAUACUCCUCCAAUGCUGCAGAAGAUGGCAACUCCUACAGCUUGGAUGAAAUGAUUCGCCAGUUGAACACAUUCCACAGCAUCAUGUGUGACCAAGGCCUGGACCCAGAGAUCAUCCAGCAGGUGUUCAAGCAGCUCUACUACAUGAUCAAUGCCAUCGCCCUGAACAACCUCCUGCUGAGGAAGGAUGUCUGCUCAUGGAGCACGGGCAUGCAGCUGAGGUUUAACAUAAGCCAGCUGGAGGAAUGGCUGCGUGGGAAGAAUCUGCAGCAGAGUGGAGCAGCGCAAACUUUGGAGCCCUUGAUUCAGGCAGCACAGCUCCUGCAGUUGAAAAAGAAAACCUCAGAGGAUGCCGAGGCCAUCUGCUCCUUGUGCACGUCACUCACGACCCAGCAGAUUGUAAAGAUACUUAAUCUCUACACUCCUGUGAAUGAGUUUGAAGAACGUGUGACAGUAGCUUUCAUACGAAACAUACAGAAGCAGUUGCAAGAACGAAAUGACCCUCCACAUCUGCUGUUAGACUUCAAGCACAUGUUCCCAGUUCUGUUCCCAUUCAACCCAUCUGCCAUCACCAUGGACUCCAUUCAUCUCCCUGCUUCCCUCAACUUGGAUUUUCUCAAUAAAGUCUGAAGAAAGUAGAAUUAAGCUCAACUCUCACACCCAGAGACUUCCAGCAAUGAAAGAAAAAAUAAUAAAAAGAUUUCAAGAGCUCUUUAAAUAUGGACCAAACAGGCUUAUAGAAGAACCAGUACACAGUAACAAAUGGAAGCUAAAGUGUACACUAAAAAAGACACUGGUCUGUAUGUGAUUUUCUUUUGGUAAUUUGCAGCUCAGAAAUAAGGAUACUUGAAAAUAGAUUUAUUUUUUACUGCUUGAUUUUAUGUUGACAUAGUUCAAAGUCCAUAAUCAUCUCCAAAAGUCACUAAGAAAAAGGAUGGAAGUGGGAGACAGCUUAUUUUUAUCUUCUUAGGUGUCAAUGACAAAAACAGAAUCUGAGACACCUGUGCUGCCUUGAAGGAUGUGUCAUUUGUCAGUAGCAGGUGGUCUUGUGUGUGUGAAUAACAGAAAAUGCAGUUCUCCCGUCAGGUCUUGUUAGUAACUACAUUCACAAUAGUGAAUUGGAAAGGUAAAUUUCAGAAGGUAUAUAUUUAUCACACCAUAAAUGUAUCAGGGCUGGGAUGCUUCUUGUUCCCACUGGUGGGGAAUUUCUCACAACUUGUAUGUUUGAGAAAUGCUGUUGCUCCUCCUAAGUACAUUCAGUGCAUCUGCUUUGUGGAAAUUUAACUAAAUUGGCAGGACUUUGUUCCAUUGGACUUUCUUACAUUACCAAAUUUACCUUAGCAAAGGUUUUGUCCUAGUGAAAUAAUCAUGACGCAAAGGACUGCCUUAAGCCUUCUGCUUCUACUGUAGCAUCACUCUGAUCCCUACUGUUGGCUUUCCUUGUGCUUUCAAGUGUCAAACACUUUCAUCUGGUGGCUGUCAUGGUUCUUGGACCUCUCAACUGGCCAUUUUCAGAAUCCCAUGCAUAGGUCCUGCUAAGGAUCCUGCUAAGUUUAAUCAUCCAGCCCUACCUAUGUUCAGUGGGUUGAUCCUAGCUGUAGCUGUCCAUGGAAAAACUCCAUUCAGUUCAGAAAUACAGAGCUUGGAUAAAUGAAGAAUAUUUUAAAAACUAAAAAUGUUCUAAAAGAGAUGAAAUGUUCUAACACCAAAAAGAAAAGAAAAUGUCAGGUGGUAUGUUAGUGAUAUAAGCCAUUAGUAGUGUAAGUUAAAAUAAUGUAAGCCAUUUCUUUAAGAGCGAACCCAAACUCUUUGUCUACAACAAACUUAAAUGAAUAAUUGCUUUCAUUUCAGAUUAGUUUUUUGGUUUGUUUUUUUUUUAAUCAGGCUUAACAGACUAAACCAAACCAACCCUCUGACCUCACCACAGAGAUGUCGAAGGAGAUCAGCCACUGGUUUUUCUUUGGUCCUUUCUUUGGAACGCUGCGUUCUCGGUGACUGCUGAGCAGGGGAGGGGGUGGGUUCCCAAGGGUCAGUGUUGCUCCACGACUGCUCAGCAUGGGGAUGCUUCUGCCAUAGCAGGACGUGCCAAACUGCAAUCAGGAUGUGUGGCUGCCAGCAUUCUGCCCUUUCCACAAGACUUGUUUAAAUCAGUCUUAACUCACCUGCUUUUGUGGUUCCUUCUGUGGUCCGCAGCUCCAUCGUGACUAAGAGCUUUCAAAGAAAAUCCAUUCUCUCCAUCUGACUCUUUUUAGCUGGUGUAAAUCCAAACAGCAAAUUUAUGACCAGGUAGGCUGUCGGCUCAGAGGUUGAAAGUAGAAUGUGAAGUUUCUUGAAGAUACACUAAUUUCUGUCUGCUGCAGUUUCCUUUCUAGGCAAGGAGCAUGUUGUGAUUUAGACAUCAUGUAUAUAAUUGGUGUAUAUACUAACUGCAGUAGUCCUGUAUGUACCAUAUAUGUAUAUUACUAUCUGAAAAAGCACAUUUUAAAAAAAAAACUGUUGAGUUCUGUGCAGAAUUAUAUCAGUUAAUGCCAGUGGGUAAAUACCUUCUUUCAAACUGAGACUAUAGUUUAGAACAACUGUUACCACUGAAGGAGAGACUUCAGGCUAAAAAUUAAUUUUUUUCCCCUUAACCAUAACCCAUCCAUCUAAUGAUAGCUGUUUUGCUUGUAUAGAGCCAGGACUAGCUCCAAACUACAGUUCUUCAGCUCUCACCUCUGCCUUGUCUUCAGUAGUGCCUUCAUCUCCCCUUGCUAUACAAUGAGGGUAAUGCCACCAGUCCGCUGUCCAUGCCCAGCAAGCCCUGCCACCUGCUCACCUGCAAUAUCUUUAUUUAUUUUCACCUACCUCUUUUUACAAUGAAUGUCUUUGCAGUGCUCUGACUUUUUUUAGUUGUUGUCUCUCCCUUCUCUCCACGCUCCAACACUCGCCAUGGUUUGAGAAUAAAUAAUUCAAAGCAGGAUUCAGCCUUUCUGUAAGGUGGUUUAAACAGAGAGCUGUUGCUCAGGAUUCAUGUUAGGUCAGCAGUUUCAGGCAGUUCAGGUCUCUACCUCUUUCUGAUGUAAAUUAUUUGGAGUACAAUUCCCAAUGCAUUGAUUAAACAUAUGCUUAUCACUCAGACUAAGUGACAGGUUGCUGCAGAAUCCUCUUCUUCAGUGACUUGGUUGCUGAUUACCAUUGUAAAAUGUGCUUAAUGGUCUUCUAGGGGAUAAUGGUCCUUCACUGGCACUUUCAGGAUCGUAAUUUAUAUGCUCUUUCUUAAAAACUCUUAGUAUGUGUAGAUGGGAACUGGGAUUUAAUGUCUUGAUCUGUGAUCAUGUAGUUCAUCCAGUGAGAUCCAUCUGAAAGAGAACUCUGUAUGAAAUAUCUUUUAAUAUAUAUUACCUUUUCUGUUAGCAGUUUUUAAAAUUUGUAUUUAAAUGCUUAUUUAGUAAAUUGCUAUGCUCAAGCAUGCCUUCUUUCCUUACAUUUACACUUCUUUAUUUAAAAAGCAAAAUGAACAUAAAGCAUGGCUUAGAGAAAGCUGGUUCUUCUCCAGAUCUGUCUUUAUUUUUAGAUAUUGAUUAUUAAGUUUAGCAUUUUCCUACUCUGUGCCUUUAGCUGUUUAGCUCAACCACUGUUUCUCUGAAAUAAGCAUUAAAACAGUGAAAUAUUUUUAUUAUUCUGUCAUAGAAAAAGUUGUCUAUGGAUAUAAAAGCCUACUUAUAAAAUCUUACAUUGAGGAGGUCUGCAAAAAUACUUUGAAGUUCUUGGGGAAAAAAACAAACAAAACAAUAGUGACCCACGGUGAUUCCUGCAAAUAAUGAUGGCUUAUAGCUCAGAAAAGCACUAUUGGGAAUAAAAUAAAUUAAGUUAAACCAUCAAAAUGCCCAAAUCAUCAGCAUUACAGAACCAACACUUGAAACAUGAGUUCAGGCAUAUGCUGGCUGACCUACAAGAAGCAUCCAGGACAAUGUACACGUUUCAUUUUCACCAGAAAGUUCCUUUACUUCUUCCUCUUUUUUUUUUUUUUUUUUUUUUUUUUUUUUUGAUUGGCAUUUUGUAGCUGAGGUUGUUUAUGUUACCUGAUAAAGCUGCUGUAGUUGACUGUAGAAAAAGAACAUUAGACCUCAAGACUGAAUUUUUGCAAUCCUACAUUACAAACAUUUUUUUGCUCAUGCAGUUUAUUCCACUGGAUUGACAAGAAUUUCUUCGUGCUUGUGAAAAAGUACCAAAAUGUGGGCAUGUUAUAAGCAUAUAUGUGGCUGCUUUUUAUCACCCUGCAACUUGAACACUGAAGUCUUUGCAGGACAUGUCUCCUCAUUUGUGUGAUUUGCAAAAAGUACAAAUGAAAAAGCUGCACUUGAAAACAAUGGUUGUUUUUCUCCGUUUUUAAUAGUAAAUGAAUAAAAUUGUGCAAACUUACUCUUUCAGACCAUUAACUGAAAAAUUAGCAUUUUAUUAUUGCAGAUAAAUAGAACCUAAUUAAAAUGAAUUGUAUGAACUUCAGUGAAGCUUUUUCCUCAAACUUUAUUGAUUCACAUAUAUAUUACAGUCAUAAAUGGAUACUUUUUUUUUUCUGAAAGAAAUUCUCUCAAGGUAGAUGUUAAGUAAAACAAUCCAGAAGACAUAACCCUGAUGAGGAUCCAAAUUAUUUCAAGGUGUGAAUGCAAGUGGACAAAGACUUUCAGAUUAAUUUGAAAUUAGAAGAAAAAAAAAAUAUGCUAAAAAAGUGCUACUAUAUUGAAAUCUUUGGGGAUAUUUUUAUUUUUUUUUGUGGUGUGAAGUGUCAUUACCUUAAUGAGCAGGAGGUAUAGCUGCUGUCAAAGUUGAAUGAUAUACAUGAGUGAAUACUGUAGAUGAAAUACUACUGCUUAUAAAAUAUUUUUCCAUUUUGAACAAAUCUGUAAACUACACCUUUGUUUAUAAGAAAAUGCUUGUAAUAGUCACUGUAAUAUUCAGCUGGGGAUAAAAAAAUUUGUGAAAUAAACACUUUUGAAGAAA